AUGAACAACAUAUAUGAUGACAUGCCGGGUCUAGUUGACGCAGACGCUAAUAUGCAGCCAGGUAUACCCCCUCCACCAGGCGCGACAUUUAUGGCGGCUUAUCCGCGCCCGCACAACAUUCACGCUGGGUGGAAUGCUGCUAUACCUCACCCAUAUCCCUCAUAUCCUCCAUUCCCAACCCAGUCAGCAGCCCAAGAGCAAUGGGCGAGGUGGACUCAGUACUGGCAAGCUCAUGCCCCACAACCGCCAUCUAUGCCGAGUCCUUAUAUACCUCAUCCGCCGCUUAACGAGCCCGUCCGGGGGAGAUUAGCUCAACAUGCCCCUCGCGGGCGGAGUAAUAGCGCUUCUGCGGCUCUUCCUUCGAACUCGCAGCAACUAGCCUCAACAUGGGGUGCAUGGAACCCCUCGCAUUUCCAAAAUCACGCUAGACCUCCCAUCCAUUCAUUCGCGACAUACCCAAUUGCAAGUGCAAGCUUACACACGCCAGCAUCCGCAGUCUCGAUGUCACGGUCAUUAUCCGCAUCCUACGUGCCUCCAGAUUGGCCAGGAGACCCUCCCAAAAGCUGGAGACGGGACUUCAAAUUCAAGUCGGGGUUUUCGUCCUUAUUUCGAAGCAAGUCUGUAUCAAGACUACCUGAUGAAUCCACCGAUAGCGCCCAUCUCAACCUUGUCGCUAUCCUGCGAAAUGACAAAGUUAAACCACCUGCACUUCUUGAUCUUCGUCGCAGCCAAUACACCCUCAUCAUUCGAGCACUAGAGCGCCCAGUAUUCGCAAACGACUUGAUGCAACCAACCACAAACCCGCCGACAACGUUUAUGCGUCUCUAUCACGGGCGCUUACCGUGGUACAUCGAUGUCGUACCGUCAGGUAAUGGUUCCUACGUCACCUUGGGAGACUUUUUCAUGGCUGUAUGCCAAUCACUCUCUACACGGAUACGCAGAGAGGAGUUUUACAAUGAUGAGCUGGAUCGCGACGAUAGGGAGGAGCUUAAGCAGGCUUGGGAGGAGCGUUGUGGUACCGAGGAAGAACGGAUGGAUGGAGUGAAGAGGGUUGAUUUCUUGCGAGGAAAGGUUAUGUUUCAGGGUUUGACUCGCGGCAAGAGCGGCAUGUGGCAGCUGCGCACAGGGAGAAAUUACUAG